AGGCUACCUAAGCUCUGGUCGCUCCUUGAACCAAAAAUGGCUGACAUAGAAAAAGAUGAACGACCCUGGGUCGGCGUACUUCGUAGGAUAGUGACUUUUUCAUUUGCCCUUUUAGUGCUGGCAGCAGUUAUGUGGGCAUUUGUUGAUAGUAUCCCCUUGGCCAGUGACGAGUAUAAAAUCAUAGCCUUCGGAAUUUACGGGGCGUUCUUAACGGUGCACCUCAUAAUCCAAAGUCUCUUUGCCUUCUUGGAACACCGGAAUAUGAGGAGAGGUGGCUUGCCUUGCUCUUACACCAAAAGCGUGGCCUUGACCAUCUCUGCUUACCAAGAAGACCCAAUCUACCUUCGUGAAUGCCUUGAAUCUGUCAAGAACACACAGUACCCUCCCGAUAAGUUGAAAAUCAUUAUGGUUAUUGAUGGCAACAGCCCUGAAGACCAAUACAUGAUGGACAUGUUUAAGGAGGUUUUCGCCAGUGAGGAUGUUGGGACAUAUGUUUGGCAAAACAACUACCACCACUGGGACAACAAUAGAGCUGAGAAGUUUUACAAAGAGGAACCAUUGCCUGCGUAUACAGAUAUUGAAAUGGAGGACCCUACCAGAGAAGAAAUCGAGACUAUCAUCAAGCAACACAGAUGCGUCUGCAUCAUGCAGAAGUGGGGUGGAAAGAGAGAAGUUAUGUAUACCCCCUUUAAAGCUCUCGGAGACAGUGUGGACUAUGUCCAGGUUUGUGACUCUGACACUAAAUUGGAACCACUGGCUACCCUUGAACUUGUAAAAGUGCUUGAGUCCAAUGACCGUUAUGGAGCUGUGGGAGGAGAUGUGCGAAUUCUGAAUCUAGCGGACUCCUACAUCAGUUUUAUGAGCAGCUUGAGAUACUGGAUCGCCUUCAAUGUGGAAAGAGCCUGCCAGUCUUAUUUUGACUGUGUCUCCUGCAUCAGUGGUCCUCUUGGGCUUUAUCGCAAUGACCUCCUCCAGACUUUCCUUGAAUCCUGGUACAAUCAGAAGUUCCUGGGAUCCCACUGCACUUUUGGUGACGACAGACAUCUGACCAACAGAAUGCUUAGUAUAGGCUAUGCAACUAAGUACACCGCACGUUCCAAAUGUUAUUCAGAGACACCUGCCCAGUUCUUGCGUUGGCUGAACCAGCAGACCCGCUGGACCAAAUCCUAUUUCCGUGAGUGGCUCUACAACGCUUUGUGGUGGCACAAACAUCAUCUCUGGAUGACCUAUGAGUCAAUCAUCUCUGGCGUCUUUCCAUUCUUUGUCACUAUCACAGUCAUUAAGUUGUUCUUCAGUUGCAAGCUGUGGAACAUCAUGUGGGUCCUUAUCACUAUCCAGCUGAUUGCCACCGUUAAGGCCUUGUAUGCUUGCUUGCUACGAGGCAACAUGGUCAUGAUAUUCAUGUCCCUCUAUGCCGUACUCUACAUGGCUGGGCUUCUUCCCACAAAGUACUUUGCCAUUCUUACCAUGAACAAGAGCACCUGGGGUACAUCAGGACGAAAGAAGAUGGUAGGUAAUUACAUGCCCCUCCUGCCUUUGUCUAUCUGGUGGGGGAUCCUCUUUGCCGGUUUGCUCUACACCAUCAUCAUGAUGUCGCUGUGCACUGAUUGCCGCCUCAUCGAUGCAGAGAAAACCUAUUUGAUCUAUGGCUCUGCUGCCUAUCUUAGCUACUGGGUACUGAUGAUAGCCCUCUACUGGCUUUGGAUCAAGCGCCUUUGCAGAAAGAGGCAGGACCACUACAAUGUUACGUACUGAA